AUGGCCCAGUGUAACUGUGGAACAGACUGCGCUACUAAUUGUAACGCGGGGCAGUUUUUCGAUUCAACAGCGUCAGGCUGUGCAGUGUGUCCGGCAGGAAAAUACUGUACAGGGGCAGGAGCUGUAGCCACGGACUGUCCAGCAGGAACCUACAGUGGUGCUACAGGAAACACAGCCUCCAGCGACUGUAUUGCGUGUCCGUCGGGAAAGUACCAGGAUCAAACGGGUCAAACAUCCUGCGACGAUUGUCCAGCUGGAAAGUCCUGUACAGCGUCUGUCGCGUCCGAUUGUGCCGCAGGGUCGUAUUCUACAGGUGGUCAAGCCACUUGUACAACAUGUCCAAUUGGAAGCUCUUGUCCGUCCGCCUCCACCGCACACGUUGUGUGCGCCGACGGAUACUACACCUCCUCCACAGGCCAGACCACCUGCUCCCAGUGUCCAGCUGGAAGUGAAUGUCCAAACCAUGGUUCUCCCGUCCAGUGUGUGGCAGGGCUGUACAGUACUCUGGGCUCCGGAAAUUGUUCAGAGUGUGACGCAGGGACUUACACUUCCUCAGCAGGAUCCUCCUCCUGUUUGCAAUGCACUGAAGGACACUCGUGUGUGAAAGCCACCUCAUCGCCGUCCCCUUGUUCAGCUGGCUAUGUGGCACCAGCUGGUUCGUCAUCCUGUACACUGUGUGCUGCAAAUGAGAGAGCUGACAGUAAUCAAGCUCUCUGUGAAGCCUGUCCCGCUGGAUAUCGAUGUAUCAACCCUGCAGCGACUAUGACGGCAUGUACGGCUGGUACCUAUUCCUUGUUGGGCGAGGCCACCUGUACUUCAUGCCCAGCAGGGUCGAAAUGUUCAGUCAACAACGCUGCACCAGUUGCUUGUAGUUCAGGUCAGUAUUCAACAGCUGGUCAGACCGCUUGUACAGACUGUCCCGGCGGUCACUCUUGCGCAGAUGCUACAAGUACACCCGUACUCUGUAAUCCUGGAGAAUACAGCCCAUCAGGAACAAUGAGUUGUCUGCCAUGUAGUGCCGGUAACUAUUGCCCUCAGGGAGCAGACGUCGAAACCAGUUGUGCUGUUACUGGAUUUUAUUCGGCAGCAGGUGCAUCCGCUUGUUCCCAAUGUCCCGCAGGAAGUUCUUGUACAACCACUGCUGCGACCGCCUGUUCAGCCGGGUCCUACUCUCUGUUGGGAGAGGAGACUUGUACCACUUGUACUGCAGGAUUUGAGUGUACCAAUCAAGGUGUUUCCCCUGUGGCUUGUACUAGUGGGACGUAUAACCUAGCAAGCUCCACAACUUCCUGUGUCCAGUGUCCUGGAGGAUCCUACUGUCAGUCCACCACUGUCAGUCCGACAUCUUGUCCUGCAGGUUACAAUAGUAAUCCCGGCUCUAUAUCGUGUACUCAGUGUCCGGCUGGGUAUGGCUGUCCAGAUUUAGCUGAUACAACAGCCAAUAUCCUUUGUCAACCAGGGCAGUAUUCUAAGGCAGGAGAGAUGACCUGCACAGAUUGUCCAGCGGGCUCUAUGUGUCCAGAUACACAGACAGACACUGUUUUACCAUGCCCUGAAGGAUAUUACUCCCUGGCGAAUUCUACAAGCUGUACUGGGUGUCCAGCGGGGUCAAAGUGUCCCAACACCAAUGGCCUCGGCAUAACACUUUGUUCAGAUGGAACCUAUGCUACUGGUAACUCCAUAGACUGUACAGACUGUCCUAAAGGUUUCUACUGCCCAUCCACCAGCUCCGACUUGUCCAAUGAAUGUCCUACUGGAACUUAUUCAACCGGAAAACAGACAGCAUGUACGGAAUGUCCAGCAGGAAGUGCUUGUCCAUUCUCCACACAAAACGACGAGAAUGCCUGUGUUCUAGGAACAUUUUCUGUGGGCAACCAAACAGCUUGUACCGAGUGUGCCAUUGGAUACGAGUGUCCAGAUCCUACUACCAACAGCAGUACUCCAUGUCAACCUGGUUACUAUUCGAACGGAGGACAGGAACAGUGUACAGUUUGUCAGGAAGGCAAAUACUGUGAAUUUACAACUGAAGGUGGUCUCGACUGUGAUCAAGGAUAUGUCAGUACAGAUGCUUCGACCAACUGUACAAUCUGUACUGCAGGCUUCUACUGUCCAACUACCAGAUGUAAGAAAUACAAUAAUCCUGGAGUAUUGAGGAUGAUACACCUCGUGACAUUUGCUAACAUUGCACCUUUUUAUUUUACAGUCUCCCAGAUGACAGAAUGUCCAGAAGGGGAGUACUCCAUCGCUGGGAAGAUAGCCUGCUCAAAAUGUGAUCCUGGCUACCAAUGCCCAAUGGCGUCCACAACACCAGCGCCACCUGCAGGACUGUGUAACAAGGGAGGUUACUGCCCUGAUGGUCAACGUUUUGUAGCCUGUGUUGCUGGGAAAUACAAUGCCUUCAAUGGAUCGACAUCAGAGGCACAAUGUUCUCCUUGCCCCGCAGGUUAUUACUGUGACCAGCAAGGCAUGGAGGAUUUCUCUGUGAACGUUUGUCCUAAAGGAGCUUACUGUCCAUCAGGAAGUGUCGAACCAAUCAAUUGUCCAGGUGGUACCUACAAUGACCAGGGAAAUGCGACACGGUUGAGUGACUGCCUUGUGUGUCCAGCUGGGUACUAUUGUCCUGAUGGUACUGCAGAUCAGGGAAUCAUUUGUCCAAAAGGAUUCUACUGCCUGACUGGUCAGACUGAUUACACUGUGAAACCAUGUCCAGUAGGGACCUAUGGUCCGUCUGAGGGCUUCAAUAAUGAAACACAGUGUGUAGAGUGUCCUGCUGGUCAUUUCUGUCCUGCUGGAUCUGGUGUGGCUGCAACAGAAGCUCCAACAAAAUGUUCCGCUGGAAAGUAUAACCCGGACACAGGGAGUGGACUGGAACUCAACUGUAAGAUGUGUGAUGCUGGAAGGGCCUGUCCAUGGGAAGGCCAGAUCAACUCCACACAUGCCUGCCAGGAAGGUUACUUUUGUCCGAUCGGGACUAGUUCUCCGGAUCAGUUUCCUUGCUUCCCCGGAACCUUCACCAACAGAACUGACCUUACCAGUGCCGAGGAUUGUGAGCUAUGCCCACAGGGAUACUACUGUGAAUGGGCCACAACUGGCGUGGGAACUGUGGAUGGUCCAAAGAACUGCAGACGAGGUUUCUAUUGUCCGUUGGGAUCGCCUAACCCUGAGCAGUUUCCAUGCCCAGCAGGAACAUAUUCCGAUGCUGCAAACCUAUACCAGGCCAGUCAAUGUACACCAUGUCCAGCAGGAUAUUACUGCACAGGUGGUCAGAACAAAACAACAGGAAUUUGUCCGAUAGGAUACUAUUGUCCCGAGUCUACAAUUAAUGGAGAACAGUACGGAUGUCCAAACGGGACAUACAACAACUUGGAGGGAGCCAUGGGACUCAGCAACUGUACCAACUGUACACAAGGUCACUACUGUGAGUUUCGUACCACCGUUCCUGAGAAAUGUCAACCGGGAACAUACAUGCCUUAUGGAACAGAUGGUUCUGGGAAUAUGAUUGGUUCAGAGUCUGCAAAAAGACAAUUUGACUGUUUGGACUGUCCUGGAGGAUUUUACUGUGGAGAAGGAACGAUAACUCCUCAUAAUUGUAGCAAAGGUUUAUAUUCUAAACCUGGGCAGUCCGAGUGUAAGACCUGUAUAAUGGGGCAUUAUUGUGACAAUGACACUACGUCGGAGGACGCCAUGUUGAAUGACAAGAUAUGUACCCAAGGCUUUCUGUGUGGAGAGGGACUGACAGACAUGAGCUUAGCUGCUUCCUGUGUAACUGGGACCUAUUGUCCCGCAGGCACGUUGGAGAUGAUAGAAUGUCCGGUCGGUACAAUCCAGAACGAGACUGAGAGAUGGGACGUUACUCUACAUUGUUUGCCAUGUCCGGCUGGGUCGUAUUGCCUGGCUGCGUCAUCUGCAGUGACUGGUUUGUGUGACAAGGGCUAUUAUUGUCCCAGCCCGGUGCCUACAGUAUAUUUCACCCUCCCUGCUUCUAUCGGAGCUUACGGGCCACAUCAGGUUGCUUGCCCGGAAGGGACUUAUGCCGAUGUGACCGGUACUCCAGAUGUCGGUAGUUGUACCCCCUGUCCUGCUGGGUACUACUGUCCACAGGCCAGUUCUACAACAUCAUCCUGUAUCCAGGGCUACUACUGUCCACAGAACUCCUCAGCUCCUACACCGUGCCCCAUUGGCCGUUAUGGAAAUGCUUCAAACCUGAUGGCAAUGGAGGACUGUAACCUGUGUGAUCCAGGAUACUACUGUGAUGCUCCUGGACUUCUCAGUCCCCGCGACCAGUGUGACCCUGGCUUUGUGUGUUAUAGUGGAGCUGCCACCUCUGGCCCAACUGAUGGUGUAACUGGAGAGCGAUGUCCAGCUGGUGGAUACUGUCUGAAAGGAUCCUUUGAGCCAAGGCCCUGUCCUUUGGGCACAUACAGCAAUGUUUCGGGGUCGGUGGAUAAAUAUGACUGUACAGAUUGUGAUCCAGGGUAUUACUGCUCACAAGUUUCAGGAGGUGCUCCUACAGGGGUGUGUGAUGCUGGGUGUUACUGCACGGGAGCUGCACAAAGCUCUUGUCAAUUCGCAACACCAGCAGGUCAUUAUUCCCCGGCUGCCUCCAGCAUUAUAACAGAGUGUUUGGUGGGGACCUACAAUCCUUUACCUCAACAAGGAGCCUGCCUCGUUUGUCCAGCGGGCUCGUACUGUCCAGAUAAGGCUAUGAAUUACAGCAUAAUCUGUGCGUCCGGUCAGUACUGUCCAGAAGGGAGUCAGAUACCAUCUGAUUGUCAACCUGGUACUUUCUUAAGUUCACAAGGAAUGAUCAGUAUAGACAACUGUACCGACUGUCCCCCAGGAUUUUACUGUCAGGAUCGUGGUGCUUCCAACUAUACAGGGGAGUGCUCUGCAGGCCACAUCUGUUAUGGUAGAGCUGAGUCAAAAGAUCCCAUAUUCAAUAACGACCCGACUGGAAAUAAAACCCUCCUUCUCUACGGUGACUCUUGUUCCCCUGGAUAUUAUUGUCCUCAGGGAUCUGCCGUCAUGAUAGAAUGUCCUCAAGGGACCUAUAACCCUGAUCGUAGUGGUCAGUCCGUGGCCAGUUGUUUACCUUGUGACCCUGGAAGUUACUGCAAUACCACAGCUCUCACGGCACCUACAGGGUUGUGUUCUGCUGGAUACUACUGUAUGGGUGGAGCAUGGAUAACCAAUCCUGUAGACAACUCCACAGGAAACAUCUGUCCACAGUUCAACUAUUGUCCAGAAGGAGCGGACUUACCCAAGAUAUGUGAUAUCGGUUACUAUGCCAACACCACUGGAAUGUCUGCAUGUCAGCUGUGUCUGGCUGGGUAUAUUUGUUACCCAGGAGAAGCCCCGACAAUAUGUCCUCAAGGAAAGUACUGCCCUGCCAGUACACAGUCGGAUCCACUGGACAACCCCGAUGCAUGUCAAAUAGGAACCUACAGUACAGACGUUGGCCUCUCUCUCAUCACGGAGUGUGUGGACUGUAAAGCCGGCUAUUACUGUGACGAAAUCGCACUGGUCAACGUGACGAAGAAGAUAGCUGCUGGCUGGUGGUCUGUGAGCGGAGCUACUGUAGCUCAACCUGAUGAUUACCUUGAACUGAGAGGAAAGUGUCCCAAGGGAUUCUACUGUGAGGAGGGAACUAGUUCGCCUUUACCCUGUCCUCCAGGAAGUUACGGACCAUCGUUCUGGUUAAAGUCGCAAGCAGAAUGUACGGCAUGUGACGGUGGGUAUUACUGUACCGGAAGUAACAUGACAACGACAGGAAGUCAGUGUACUGCUGGAUACUACUGCAGUGGUGGCUCACCAGAGGCCGCUCCAGUCAACCAGACCUAUGGAGACAUUUGCCCCACAGGGUAUUAUUGUCCGAUUGCAACCCAGGACCCAAUACCGUGCGAGGCUGGAAAGUAUGCUAACGCAACAGGAAGUACUUCCUGUCUCACCUGUCCAGAGGGUUACUAUUGCACCGUCAACACUAGCGACCCAAUCCCGUGUCCUGAGGGUCAUUACUGUACCCUUGGAUCUACACUACCUUACGAUCUGCCCUGUCCAAUCGGAAAAUUCAACAACUUAACUGGAAUGAAUGAUCUUGCUGACUGUCAAGCAUGCACACCAGGAAUGUAUUGUGAGACACAGGGACUUGGUACCCCGACUGGCUACUGUGAUGGUGGGUGGUAUUGCACGGGAGGAGCUACAUCAAAACAGCCUCCCGAUCCACUUACCGGGGGACAAUGCACAAUAGGAAACUUCUGUCCCAACGGCAGCUCUGCUGAAAUCUCCUGUACACCAGGAAUGUACUGUGACAAUGUUGAAUUAUCUGCCCCUACAGGAAACUGUUCGGCAGGUCAUUACUGCCCUGUAGGUUCCUCUUCAGCCUCGGCCAUUGCCUGCCCGACAGGAAAGUUCUGUAUUGCUGGCAGCAGUGUCGGCGAUGACUGCCCACCUGGUACAUUCCUGAAUGUCACCGGUGGUUCUGAUGUCUCGGAUUGUCUCCCCUGUUACCAAGGCUACUAUUGUGCUGGAUACGGAAACAGCUUGGCCAGUGGACAGUGUGAUGCUGGUUUUUACUGUCCCUCUGGAAUGAAUAUGUCGGGUCCUGCUGAGUAUACCUGUCCACAGGGACAUUAUUGUCCAAUCGGAAGCCAUGAGGCAAUUCGCUGCCUGUCUGGUACCUAUCAGGAUGAGACUGGAAAAGGUGUAUGUAAGGACUGUCCCGCUGGCUACUUCUGUGACAAUACCAUGGCACCUGUUGUUCUAUACAACAGCUCCAUCUGCCCAGAAGGCUAUUACUGUCCUCUGAAUACUAAGUAUGCCACGGAGUUUCGCUGCCCUAUUGGUACCUUCGGAAACACCACAGGAUUCCAGGCUGUUGGGGACUGUAUUCAAUGUCCAGGUGGAUAUUAUUGUGACAGUUGGGCUCAGAUUGACUACACCAAAAUCUGUAAUGCUGGGUACUUCUGUAAACAAGGAGCAAUGUCUGGGACUCCAUCACAAGGAGUUGAUGCUGACGAGUGUCCGGCAGGUCACUUCUGUCCACAGCAAACUUCUGAACCUCAGAAAUGUCCCCAGGGAACUUUCUCUAACAACACCAAGCUGACUGCCCAGGACGAGUGUACUAACUGUACAGCUGGAAGUUACUGUGGCGACCUUAACAUGAUAGAGCCGUCGGGUAUAUGUUGGGGUGGAUAUUACUGCACAGACGGGGCUGAUAGUCCUACCUAUAUCGCAUGUCCUGAAGGUGCGUUCUGUCCAAACGGUAGCGCCAUCCAAAGCCUGUGUCCCCAAGGCACUUACUCAAACAUGACCCACCUGACAAACAGCUCGGAAUGUCUGUCGUGCCCAGGAGGGUCUUACUGUGAGACAGCCGGCCUUACCGCACCAACAGGCCUCUGUGGGCAAGGUUACUAUUGUCCAGAGGGAACUAUUUACAAGGAGCCUGGUGCCAGCUUCUGUCCAAUAGGACAUUACUGUCCAGAGGGAGUAUCACAGCCUAUCCCAUGUCGCAACUACACACAGGUCAACCAUACACAUGCAGUCCAAUGUAACGCCUGUCCUGCUGGCUUCUACUGUGACCUGACAGGACUGAGUACCAUCUGCCCUGCUGGGUACUACUGCCCUGCGGGUACUGGGAUUGACUGGAAGUCAUGUCCGAGGGGAACGUACAGUGAUAUAGAGGGCCUUAGUGAUGAGAGCCAGUGUAAACCCUGUCCUGCUGGGAAAUACUGUGAUGGCGAACACCUGACGGCUGCCACAGGUGACUGUGCCGCGGGACAUUGGUGUGUGUACGGCAUUGAUCGUCAGUACCCUGAUGGAAACAACCAGUCAUCAGCAGUGUGGAACAUCUCCUGCUAUGAUGACCGACAACUUGGGUAUGGAGGAAUCUGUCCCAUAGGUAACUACUGUCCUGGUGGCACGGCCAGUGUGUACCCGAUACCUUGUGACAACGGCACGUAUGCUGAUACGACAGGAAUGCCUGCCUGUACCACAUGUCCUGCAGGAUAUUUCUGUGGUGAAGGGACAUCUAACUACACAGACAAUCCAUGUCCAGCUGGUCACUACUGUCCAGCUGGCACCGGCUUCUGGAACCAAUAUCCUUGUAAUGCUGGUACCUACAACAACCUGACCAUGAGGACCUCGAUAGCCGACUGUCUCAGCUGUCCAGGUGGAGAGUACUGUGAAAGACCUGGUCUGACCUUUCCCUCAGGCCUGUGUAUGGCAGGCUACUAUUGUGAUUCAGGAUCUGCCACAGCUACACCUUCAGGUGUCGGAGGAAAUAACUGUUCUGCAGGUUACUUCUGUCCUGAGGGGUCAACAAACCCCACCCCAUGUACCCCAGGGUCAUUCUGUGGUACUGACCUCCUCAACAUGACCUCUGGCCUUUGUGACCCUGGAUACUAUUGUACAUUGAUGGCUACCGUUUCCAACCCAACUGAUGGAAACGUUACCGGUGAUAUCUGCCCCAUCGGGACCUAUUGCCCAGCCGGAAGUACUGCACCGUUAUUAUGUCAGGCUGGGACCUACCUCAACAGCACAGGAAAUGAUGCUGACACUGACUGUGUUGCAUGUAUAGCUGGAAGUUACUGUAGUGGGAGCGGAAAUAGCGUCCCGGACGGGCUGUGUAGUGCCGGGUAUUACUGCCCUGCUGGUCAGGAUAACCCAACUCCUUCCAGCUACAACUGUACUCAGGGACACUACUGUCCAGAAGGGAGCAUCACCCCACUCAGGUGUCCUUCAGGCUCCUACCAGGAUGAUAUUGGACAGUCUUGGUGCAAAGCCUGCCCCGCUGGCUAUUUCUGUGACAGUACUAUGGACCCAGUUGUACUUUUCAACAGUUCAUACUGCCCUACUGGGUUCUAUUGUCUAGAAAACACAACUAUGUCUACAGAGUUCCCCUGUCCUGCUGGAACCUACAAUAACAUCACACACCGUACAGUUGUGACAGACUGUACCCCCUGUAGUGGAGGCAUGUACUGUGACCAGGUUGGCCUUACACUUCCGGUAGGAAGUUGUGCUGCUGGAUAUUUCUGUUUGUCUGGUGCCAACAGCUCCACACCAACACAAGGUGCUGAUGCAGACGUCUGUCCUGCGGGAUUCUAUUGUCCUGUAGGCACCGUUAGUCCCAUCUCCUGUCCCCAAGGGACCUAUAACCCGGCAACACAACGUCAGGCUGUUGAUGAGUGUACUAACUGUACUGGUGGAACUUACUGUCCUGAUUACAACAUGACAGCCACUGGACCCAACUGUCAAGCUGGUUACUACUGUCCCUCCAAAGCUGAUGUGACUCAGUUUAUCCAGUGUCCAGAGGGAUCAUACUGCCCCACUGGGAGUGACCAGCCAAUACCAUGUGCUGCUGGGUCAUUCUCCAACGUGUCUGGACUGACUGCCCAAUCUGGUUGUACAAAUUGUACCGACGGAUUUUACUGUCCAACAGCAGGCAUGACAGAGACAACGUUGCAGUGCUGGGGUGGAUACUAUUGUCCCACAGGGAUGUCUGUCCCCAACCCCGGGGCGUACAUCUGUCCUCGAGGCAUGCAUUGUCCCAAUGGCAGUGAAAUAUACAAGGAAUGCCCUGAUGGAUUCUAUACAAACUACACUGGGGCCUCGGCGUGUGACGUGUGUCCUGCUGGAUUCUACUGUCUUCCAGUCCAACCUGAAAAUGAUACACUUAACGCACAAGCCUGCCCGAACGGUUACUACUGCCCAGCUGGUACUGGAAUAAAUUGGAUGUCAUGUCCAAGCGGUUCCUACAGUGACCAGUCGGGUCUGUACCAAGUGGAUCAGUGUAAGGCCUGCACUGCCGGGAUGUACUGUCAGGGUGAACACCUAACAACACCCACCGCAAACUGUUCUUCAGGAUACUACUGUACGUCCGGAGUAGAUCGACCACAGCCAGGAGCAAGUAAUGACAGUGUAGCAGCCAAUUGUACCUGUCCAGACCAAGCAUUCUACACUGGGGUGGGAGGCGUGUGUCCCUUGGGUCACUUCUGUCCGGAGGGCUCUGCCACACCCACUGCAUGUGCUGCUGGGACCUAUGCGGAGAGUACAGGACUGUCCGAGUGUGCGCUGUGUCUUGAGGGAUAUUACUGUCUUGUAAAUGCAUCUGAAUACUUGUCAACACCGUGUCCUACUGGUCACUACUGUCCCAACGGAACAUCAUAUAGCACACAAUACCGGUGUCCCCCAGGAACAUACAACCCAAACACACUUGGAACAUCUCUGGCUGAUUGUCGUGACUGCGAUGCUGGACAAUACUGCCAAGACUACGCCAGCAUUACACCCACUGGUAACUGUUCGGCUGGCUGGUACUGCAUCGCGGGAUCAGACAGUGCCAAUACCACCACUCACGGCGGGAUCUGUCAACCUGGCUACUACUGUCCACAAGGGUCCAGCAGCCCCACUCCUUGUCCAGGUGGUAAGUACUGUCAGUUUGAAGGCCUGGACUCACCCACAGGGAACUGCUCAGCAGGCUACUACUGUUCAGCCAAGUCAUCUACUGCCAUGCCACCUGGGGACAGUACCGGUGAUAUUUGUCCCCCAGGGUUCUACUGUGAGGAGGGAUCUCUCGCCCCCACCCCCUGUUCUCCAGGCACCUUCAGUCCCAGUACAGGGAACCGAGCAGUCAAUGAUUGUUUGGCCUGUUCCUUUGGAGAGUAUUGCGGCGACUAUAAUCUCACAGCUACAACAGGGAACUGUACCCAAGGAUAUUACUGUCCAGAGGGACAGAUAAUGGACACACCUUACCAGUGUACUGUCGGUCACUACUGUCCCGAGUCCACAUCCAGCCCUGUUCUGUGUCCAAGUGGAUACUACCAAGACGAGAUUGGUCAGUGGACAUGCAAGUUGUGUCCUGAAGGUUACUACUGCGAUAACAGUCUUGGAGUAGUAGUCGUCAACGAAACCAUCAAGUGUCCAACAGGAUACUUCUGUCCAACAGGUACGAUGAGGAGUGACCAAUAUCCUUGUCCACUUGGCACAUAUAACAACAUGACUGGAUUGAAUCAGAGCUCCCAAUGUACCCCAUGUACUGCAGGCUACCACUGUAGUAUUGUCGGCCAAUCAGAUCCUGUCGGAUUGUGUGCUGCUGGAUACUUUUGUCAGCUGUAUGCGGAGUUAUCCACCCCUAACAACACAGGCUUUGCUGGCAUCUGUCCUCAAGGGUCCUACUGUCCAGAGGGUACAGUAAACCCUAUUGACUGCCCCACUGGGACAUACGGUGGCCUGGAGGGACUGGUCAAUGUGACGCAGUGUACAGAUUGUACCGGUGGUAUGUACUGUGAAAUAUCUGGACUGACCACCCCACAAGGAGACUGUACUGGCGGCUACUUCUGUACAGGAGGAUCCGACUCGAGGGUCAAGGAAAUGUGUACAACAGGUCACUUCUGUCCUACUGGGACUCAGACUCCUGAGAGAUGUCCAGAGGGAACUUUCAAUCCAUACCUCGGCCUAAACAGUUCUGAUUACUGCACAUCAUGUACAGAGGGCCAGUACUGUGAGACGGAGGGCCUGAACGCUACAACAGGACCGUGUGAGGCAGGUUUCUACUGCCCAGGGGGACAGAACUCUUCACGUCCCGCAGAUUACCCCUGUACAGUUGGCCAUUUCUGCUCAGUCAACUCCUCACAGCCGACACCAUGCGCCAAUGGUACAUACAUGAACCAUACCAUGGCAUCCGAAUGCUACACAUGUCCUGCUGGCUGGUACUGUCGCUCUGGUAACCUGGUUGACUUCUGCCCGAUUGGUCAUUUCUGUCCGGCUGGUACUGGGUUUGACUGGCAACAGUGUCCAGUUGGAACUUAUAACAACGAAACUGGCUUGAGUAUGUCCAGUGAGUGUAAGCCAUGUCCAGGUGGGAGUUACUGUGACUCCCUGGGAAUGUCAACAACAUCUGGCCUCUGUGACGCAGGACACUACUGUGAAUAUGGCGUCGACAGACGUGACCCAACUGGAGGGAAUGCCACCGUCAGUAACGGCACAUGUCAAGUAGCAGGCGGAGAGACUGGAAUGGGCGGUAUCUGCCCAGAGGGUCACUAUUGUCCCCAAGGGACGACCACGCCCCUCCCUUGUGGCUUGGGAACAUUCAGCAAUGUCUCAGGCUUAGCUUCUUGUCAUCAGUGCCCUGCUGGGUACUACUGUGUACAGGGGUCAGUUACCUAUGUGGACAGUCCUUGCCCCUCUGGUCACUACUGUCCGGCCGGUACUUAUGUCUCAACACAGUAUCCAUGUCCGGCCCAGACUUACUACAACCUCACCAUGGCACGCGAACUCAGUGAUUGUCUCCCCUGCCCAGGAGGGGAAUACUGUGCCACCAACGGACUCUCAUCCUCGACCGGCCUUUGUUCCCAAGGAUGGUAUUGUACCAGUAACUCCAGCCUCUCUAUGCCAUCUGCUCCCGAGGGUGGUCAGUGUCAGAUUGGAUUCUUCUGUCCAGAGGGAUCAUACGAACCCCAGCAGUGCACCCCUGGCAAGUACUGCGAAACAGUAGGCCUGGACACGCCCACCGGAAACUGUUCUCAAGGUUACUACUGUACUCUGGAGGCGUCCGUUGCCAUGCCAACAGACAAUGUGACUGGGGCCAUCUGUCCAGUGGGACAUUACUGCGAGGAAAUGAGCUCCGCUCCCUCACCUUGUGCUGUUGGAUACUACCAAGAUGUUGUGAUGCAAGAUCAGCCCAGUGAUUGCAAGAUAUGUCUUGGAGGAAACUACUGUCCAAACUCUGGAGCAGAACUCCCCGCUGGAAACUGUUCUGCGGGAUUCUACUGCCCUGUAGGUCAAAACUCGUCAACACCUGAUGACUACAGAUGUCCAGUAGGACACUUUUGCCCAGUGGGUUCGGAGUCACCCGUUCGCUGUGAGAAUGGUACCUAUCAGGACCAAGACUCACAGAGCACCUGUAAACAAUGUCCAGCCGGAUACUUCUGUGACAACACCAUGGGAAUUGUUGUCCUUGACAACAGUACCACCGUCUGCCCAAUGGGAUACUACUGUCCAGCUGGAACUCGUUUCAACAAUGAAUUCCCGUGUCCGAUAGGCACAUUCAAUAACAGGACUGGUCUGAGUUUAGUGUCCGACUGUACACCAUGUUUGGGCAGCUACUACUGUCCGAUGGUUGGCAUGGUAACACCAGUGGACUUGUGUGAUGCUGGACAUUUCUGUAAGCAGUACGCCAAUAUCUCUGCCCCUGAUCAAGGAGCCGACGCAAACAUCUGUCCGGAAGGUUCUUACUGUCCAGUGGGGACGUCUACUCCAAUCCCCUGUCCCAAGGGCACUUACAGUAAUGGUACCGGCCUACAGGCUGAGGCAGACUGUACCCAGUGUGCAGCAGGAUCAUACUGCGACCAGCCAGGCAUGCUCAACUUCACUGGACCAUGCGAGGCAGGAUACUACUGUGAAUUGUCUUCCAACCAUUCGAGGAGGGUCAUCUGUCCAGCAGGCAGUCACUGCCCUGAGGGAUCUGGCUGGCCCACACCAUGUGCCCUCGGGACCUACAGUAACACCCAGGGUCUUGUCAAUGCUAGCCAGUGUACUGACUGUGAUCCAGGCAGCUACUGCAAUGAUACAGGCCUGACCACUCCAACUGGGUCAUGUGAUGGUGGCUUCUACUGUCCGGGAGCUGACUCUGUGCCAAAUCCUGUAGCUACACCUUGUCCGAUUGGUCUACAUUGUCCAAUCGGCAGUGGCCUACCAGUUCCAUGUGAACCUGGAACCUUUGCCAACUUCACUCAGGCGUCCAUGUGUCUGACAUGUCCAGAAGGUUUCUAUUGUGUACCGGAAGAGGUCAUUCAAGGUAAUUCCACUUCCGGACAUCGCUUAUGUUCUCGCGGAUUUUACUGCCCCGCUGGUACCGGUCGUAAUGAGUCUGCAUGUCCUGCCGGAACUUUCAGUAACCAACUCGGCUUGGUUGCGGAGACAGACUGUCAACAGUGUACCGGUGGCAUGUACUGUGAUGCCACUAAUUUGACAGCUCCUGUUGCGGAUUGUGCAGCAGGGUUCUUCUGCGAGUCUGGUGUGGACACUGCCACCCCUACAGGAAACCACACAGGCACCGGUGGCAUCUGUCCCAUUGGUUACCAGUGUCCACAAGCCACUGUUGUGCCACAAGGAUGUGACGCAGGCUCAUACCAGGACGAGAGUAACCAAGCAUCAUGUAAGUCGUGUCCAGCGGGCUACUACUGUAUCGCCAACAGUACCACGUAUUCGGACAAACCAUGUCCAUCCGGUCACUACUGUCCAACCAACACUGCCUAUGAUGUUGAGUUCCCUUGUCCAGCAGGAACUUUCAACAAUCUGACUGGUAAAUCAAAUUCCAGUGCUUGUGAGCCAUGUACCCCUGGGUCCUACUGUGGCUCCCCAGGGAUGAGCUCCCCCACAGGGUUGUGUGAUCCAGGCUGGUACUGUACAAUAGGCUCUAGCCUAGCCCAGACUUUGACUGAUGGUGGGAAAUGUCUAGCAGGAACAUACUGCCCAAUGGGAAGUUCGGCCCCUGUUGGAUGUGACCCAGGCAUGUACUGUGAUGUGGACAUGAUGAGUGCCCCUGCCGGGAACUGCUCCGCCGGAUAUUACUGUAACGCUAACUCCACAACAACACAACCUACAGGCACUGGAGGUGACCGUUGUCCAUUGGGUCACUACUGUUUGGAGGGAAGUUCUGUUCCUGAACCCUGUCCUCAAGGAUUCUUCCAGCCUAGCAUGGCCGCCCAGAACCUCUCCUGGUGUUUAUCCUGUACGGCUGGCUAUUACUGUAACAGUAGUGGACUCGCCACUGAGGACGGAAUGUGUGAUGCAGGCUACUACUGCCCUGAGGGCCAGGUUGUGAGAAACCCUAGUGCCUACGAAUGUCCUGUUGGCAACAAAUGUACAGCCGGUUCGAGUAUCUACCAACUGUGCCCUGCUGGUUACUACCAGGACGAAAUCAGACAGUCCACAUGUAAGGAGUGUGUUGAGGGCUUCUACUGUGACAACGCUGUCGGGCCAAUCUCUAACUACACGGAUUACAUCUGUCCAGAGGGUCACUACUGCCCCAAUGGAACAAAGGUCGCGAACGAGUUCCCUUGUCCAGCUGGUACCUUCAACAACCAGACCGGCUUAAGGUGGGACACGGAAUGUAUGGCAUGUACAGGUGGACUCUACUGUACAGCUGGCACUGUUGUCCCGUCACUGGCAUGUGCGGCCGGAUACUUCUGUCGCUCAGGUGCCCAAACAGCCGCACCUAUACAGGGAUUGGAUGCUGAUCCUUGUCCAGUCGGUCACUACUGUCCAGAGCAGACCACUGAACCCAUUAAGUGUCCACCUGGAACUUUCUCCAACAACACUAAACUGAUGAAUCUCACUGACUGCAACUCAUGUACCAGAGGCUGGUAUUGUAAUGAUUCCGGACUGAUUGAACCGACAGGACUGUGCACAGCAGGUUUCUUCUGUAUUGAGGGAUCUGACAACAAUGCUCCACAGAUCUGUACAGCUGGACGGUACUGCCCCGAGGGUACCCACACACCAGUUCGUUGUCCAGCCGGAACGUUCUCUAACAGCACGGGACUGACAGCAUCAGAGGAAUGUACAAACUGUACAGGCGGUAGCUAUUGUACACAGACUGGGCUAACGGAUGUAGAAGGGAACUGUACAGCAGGCUACUACUGCCCUGAAGGUUCCAGUGCACACAAUGCCAUCAUCUGUCCCAUCGGCCUUCACUGUCCUGAAGGAAGUGACCAGCCAUUAGCCUGUACUGCAGGAACCUUCACCAACAGUACAGGAAUGUCUUCCUGCAAUACCUGCCCCGACGGAUUCUACUGUGUGGCCCAGAAUGUCAGCGCUGGAAUUCCAGCAUCAGGAUAUUUUGAUUGUCCAAUGGGCUACUAUUGUCCUGCAGGAACUGGACUUGACUGGCAGCCAUGUCCUAAGGGCACCUACAGUCAGCAGACGAACUUGUUUAGGGUUAACCAAUGCCUGGACUGUGACGGUGGAUAUUAUUGCUCAGUAGAGGGAGCCACCAACACCACGGGACUAUGUCAAGCUGGAUAUUACUGUCAGUCUGGCGUAGACCGUCCGAAUCCUGACAAUGCAGCCGUCAACAGCACUUAUCCAGCAAGCUGUCCUCUGAUUGGUGGACAUACUGGCUAUGGUGACAUUUGUCCCCUCGGUUACAAAUGUCCUGAAGGCAGUGAUGCCCCUGUUGGCUGUUCUGCCGGAGAAUACCAAGACGAAACGACACAGAGCACCUGUAAAACAUGCCCAGCCGGGUACUACUGCCUGGCUAACUCGACUGACUACACUGACAAGUCCUGUAGCAGUGGCUACUACUGUCCUGAGGGCACCACACAGAAGUAUGCUAAUCCUUGCCCUGCUGGAACAUUUAACUCUGCCACCAACCAGAUCAAUUCCUCAGCAUGUGUGUUAUGUACACCAGGACAAUAUUGUCAGACCACCGGGCUGUCUGCUCCAACUGGCAACUGCAGUGGAGGAUACUACUGUUCAGGAGGAUCAACCAGUCCUAGUCCUACUGAUCCUACCAUGGGAGGUAACUGUCAGUUUGGCCAGUACUGUCCUGAAGGAAGUGGUGCAGCUAUUGAGUGUACACCGGGCAUGUACUGUCUGGGUAUACGCCUCAUAGAACCUACUGGAAACUGCUCUCAGGGCUACUACUGUAAUGGCAGCACCACGUUAACCACACCCCCAGAUGGUUCUACUGGCGGAAACUGUCCCACUGGAUACUACUGUCCUGAGGGAAGCUCAUAUCCUACACCGUGUCCGAUAGGUUACUAUCGUGGGUCAAUCCGUGGAACCAAUCCCUCGUCCUGUACCAUCUGCACAAAAGGAAAGUAUUGUGAUUCGGAGGGUCUAAGUGCGCCUGCUGGGGACUGUUCUCCUGGAUACUACUGUCCUGCUGGUCAGAUCUCGGCUACACCGGCCAACUACAGCUGUGAUCCCGGGUACUUCUGCGUCGGAGGCAAAGAGGCACAAGAGGCCUGUCUUUCGGGUACCUACCAGAGCAAUCCAGGUCAAUUCGAGUGUUUGACCUGUCCAGAGGGCUACUACUGUAAUGCUACAUUUGGACCGGUGGUCAAUUAUGCAACAACGGUUUGUCCAGAGGGUUACUAUUGUCCGAAUGGCACAGAGCAUGGUAACCAGUACCCAUGUCCAAAAGGAACUUUCAAUAACAGAACAGGUUUGACAAACUCAUCCGAGUGUUCACCAUGUACGGGUAGAUGGGCGUGUGACCAGGUCGGACUGACCUACCCUAUACAGCUAUGUUCAGCGGGUUACUUCUGUCGUGAGGGGGCAGACUCCACUACGCCUGACUUGGUUAAUGCUGAUGACUGUCCAGCGGGAUCCUACUGCCCCGAGGGUACAGACGAGCCCAUCCCCUGCCCCCAGGGCACAUACAGCAAUGUCGCGAACCUUCAUAUGGAAAGUCAAUGUGUCAACUGUACCGGAGGUUACUACUGUAACAAUACAGGUCUCACAGCUCCAGUCGGACAGUGUGAAGAGAGGUACUACUGUCCCUCUGGUUCAAGGUCAUCGACUGAGAUCCUCUGUCUCAGUGGCCACUUCUGUGGCUUAGGUACCGAAUAUCCAAACCAAUGCACAAAUGGAACAUUCUCUGAUGCGACUGGACUUGCCUACCACUACGAGUGUGCGAACUGCACAGCUGGGUACUAUUGUAACGGAAACGGACUUACAAAUGUGACAGGACUUUGUAAAGCUGGACAUUACUGUCCAUCAGGUUCCAGUGUGGAAACUCAGGUUGUCUGUCCAGCUGCCAUGCAUUGUCCAGAAGGCAGUGGAGCUCCUCAGGACUGUCCGGCUGGCUCUUUUGUGGACUAUGAUGGAGCGUCAGCCUGCGCAGUGUGCCCUGAAGGGUAUUAUUGUGUUCCUGAACACGUGAUUCCUGGCAUAGCAUCUACUGCCAAGACAGCAUGUCCCGAGGGAUUCUUCUGUCCUAACGGGACCGGACACGACUGGCAACCCUGUCCAGCUGGAACCUUUAGCAAUGUUACUGGAUUACAGAAGGCAGAGGAUUGUACGCCAUGCACAAGUGGACAAUUCUGUCAAGGAACCAACCUAACAGCCCCAACAGGUCUCUCUAUGGGCGGCUACUACUGUUCCUCUGGAUGUGACCGUGCCAACCCUCUCAUGCUUAAUGACACCCAGUGUCCGACUGGCACUGUUCAUCCAAUUGUCGGCCAUGAAUGUCCAACUGGUCACUACUGUCCGGCAGGAACAGACAAUCCCAUUGGCUGUCCAGCCGGCUCAUACCAAGAUCUAACCAAUCAGAUCAAUUGUAAGAAUUGUCCAGAGGGCUAUUAUUGUUACGCCAACACGUCUGAUUACACUCCUAAUGUGUGUCCAGGAGGCCAUUACUGUGGUCUAAACACAACUGACCCCACCAUGUUACCAUGUCCACCUGGAACUUACAAUAAUCUGACCACACAGCAGACCAUUGAUUCCUGCGUGCCUUGUACUCCGGGAAUGUACUGCCAGGGAGACGGCAAUGCCUACCCCACAGGAAAUUGUUCAGCUGGAUGGUAUUGCACAAACGGCUCUCAUGAGGCUCAGCCAUCCUCCAAUGGUGGGGAAUGCCAGGUUGGAUUCUUCUGUCCAGAGGGAUCUUAUGCCAUGCAGAAUUGUACACCAGGGAAAUACUGUCAGACUACUGGCCUUGCUCUGCCCACCGGUGACUGUGAUGGUGGAUAUUACUGCCCAGGCGGUGCCUCAUCAGCACGAGAAAUAGUCUGCCCAGUCGGACACUACUGUACAAUUGGCACAGAUCUUCCAAACGCCUGUAGAAAUGGAACAUAUGCACCUACAACAGGACUGCAGAGUGAAGGAGAGUGUACAGAAUGUGAUCCCGGUUACUACUGUAAUGGGACGGGUCUCAGUGCCACCACCGGACAAUGCGACGCAGGUUAUUACUGCCCCGGAGGUCAAAGUGUGCCAGAUCCCUAUGACUACCGUUGUAUCCCUGGCCAUUACUGUACUGUGGGCACUGGCACGCCCUACCGCUGUGCCAGUGGAGAGUAUCAAAAUGAAUACCAACAGUCCUCCUGUAAGCAGUGUCCAGCAGGCUACUUCUGUGACAGCAGUGUCCAGGCAGUGGGCGAGCUGACCAAUAACAGCUGUCCUCAGGGAUUCUACUGUCCAGCCAUGACCAAUCUGUCCAGCCAGUUCCCCUGUACAGCUGGCACCUACAAUAACCGCACAGGAUUGACUGUUGAAGCUGACUGUCAGGCCUGUCCACCUGGAAAAUACUGCCAGUCCACAGGGCUGCCAGACCCAGAGGGUGACUGUUUUGCAGGGUACUACUGUAACGGAAGUACGACCGAGCCUACACCAGCUGAAGGCUUGUGCCCCAUAGGAAGUUACUGCCCUCAAGGAAGCUACCAGCCUACUCCCUGUCCCGACGGAACUAUCGCAUCCAGCACAGGAAACAUGCAUCUUACAGACUGCGAGUCCUGCAAGCCCGGAAACUAUUGUACACCUGACAGCUCCAAAAACGGCUACAGUCUUCCGUGUGAUGCUGGCUACAUUUGUUUGAAUGGAUCCAACAUUGCCACCCCUACAGAUGGAAUCAUCGGAUACGAGUGUCCAGCUGGCCACUAUUGCCAGUCAGGAGACGUCAAGGAAACUCCGUGUGAGGUCGGAACAUAUGCCCCGAGUACAAAACAUGAAUUGUGUCGAGAAUGUCCUGAAGGCCGGACAUGUCCCUACCAGGGUAUGAACUACACAGAUAUAUGUCCAGCAGGAUACUACUGUGCUAAUGGAACAUCAGACAACGGUCAGCCAUGUCCCAAAGGGUCCUACAGCUCAUUGACAGGCCUGGUGAAUUCCUGGGACUGUCAGGGCUGUCCACCAGGAAAGUUCUGUAACACGACAGGCCUUGGUAGUCCUGCAGGAGAUUGUUAUGCCGGAUAUCUUUGCAUUGAAAACGCGACCCAAGCGGCACCUAAUGAUGGACUGAAUAUGCCAUGUCCCGCUGGACAUUACUGCUUAGAAGGUGGUGUAACAGCUGAGCCGUGUCCACGUGGAACGUUCCGUAACCAGUCAGGUGGUGGUGUUCUGAGUGACUGCUGGAUGUGUUCCGGAGGCUACUACUGUCAGAAUGAGGCUCUAACCAUGCCUACGGGUUUGUGUGCGGAGCGAUACUUCUGUCCAGAGAGUGCCAACAUAAGCACAGCAACACCUACAGAUUACAUAUGUCCAACUGGACACUACUGUCCGAUGGGAACAGCUGACCCAGAACCUUGUGGAGUCGGUACCUACCAGCCUAAUACAGGUCAGCUUGACUGUAUAACUUGCCCCAGUGGCUUCAGCUGUAUGAGCAAUACCAGUAUUCCAGAGCCUUGUCCAGCUUAUUCCUACUGUCCCAAUGGCACUUCCGAUCCCUUCUUAUGUCCAAAUGGAACUUACACUGAUGCUAGUGACACAGGAUUGGAACAACCAGAGGACUGCAAAGAAUGUACAGCAGGAAAGUACUGUGUUGGUGGCCGUAUCGCCGGGGAUUGUGCUGCAGGAUAUCUGUGCAUUAAAGGUCAAAGUGUUCCUGAUCCGCCAGAUGAAAACCGACCACUCGGUGGGAACUGUACUUACGGAUUCUACUGCCCGGCAGGAACUACCUCUGUACAAACUUGUCCCGCUCUACGGUUUAUAAACUGGGAAGGAGCUGCAUCGGCUGCUGAGUGUGGUGUCUGCCCGGGUGGAUUUAUCUGUCCGGAUAAUUCAACAGUGUCGGAACCGUGUCCAGCUGGAUUCUACUGUGAAGUCAGUAAGGCUGUAGCAGCUUGUCCGGUGCCGACCUAUAAUCCUGUACAAGGUGCCGACGAUUCCAGCUACUGCCUGCCUUGUCCUGCAGGUUACUUCUGUAAUACAACAGGAAUGGCUAACUAUACAGUGAACCCUUGUCCCACAGGAUGGUUCUGUACCAACGCUACAAAAGCCCCGGAGCCCUGCCCCCCGGGCACAUACAGGGAUGUGAUAGCAGCAGGCAGCGAUGCCGAUUGUGCCAGAUGUCCAGCAGGUUUCAUGUGUCCAGACUUCAGUAUGAGUUACGGAGGAAACCAGUGUACCACCGGAUACUACUGUCCUGAAGGAUCCCACAAUGAGACCAUCUGUCAGGCAGGGUACUACUGCAACAGGUCCAUGUCGCAAGUCCCCUGUCCCCCGGGCUAUUACUGUCCCGAGGGGUCAGCGACACCCAUAGUCUGCCCCCAGGGUCAUUAUUGCGAGAAACUAGAUGACUGUAACAUGACAGAUGCUGGUGCUAUAGAACCGAUCAAAUGCCCAUUGGGUUACAAGGAAAGAGAUGGAGCUCCACGUCAGUCCUUCAUCGACACCUGUGAAGCGUGUUCUCCAGGAACAUUUGGUGCUGACACGAAUCGGGCCGUUUGUCAAGACUGCCGUGCAGGUGUUGUCUGUCUGGCCUUGGCUAUAACUGAUGAACCAGGCGACAACUCCAGUGCAUACUAUGGCGUCAAUGCCACAAACUCCUACCCUUGUCCAGAAGGUUACUAUUGCCCACAGGGUAGUUCAGAACCUACACCCUGUCCAGCAGGGCGGUUCCGCACAGCCCAGUACGGAGGAAGUGUUGGUGACUGUUCCUUGUGUGCCGUUGAUCAUUUUAAUCACCUGACCGGACAGAAGGCUUGUUAUGUUUGUGGUAGCGAGGCUAACCAGCCGCUUGCAGGACAGGCAACAUGUACAUGUUUAGGAUCGGGGCGAGAUUUUCAGGAGAGCGAUCGUAAAUGUGUCUGUGCUGCUGGAUUCCUCGAAGUUGGAACCACUUCAUCAUCUUCUGACUGCUACAAACAGGUGUAUGACCUCUGUCUGAAUGGGGCUACACGAUCUCAGCAUGGGACAUGUCUGACUUCUGGUCAAUGGGAAGCCUAUUGUAGAGAUGAGGUGUGCCCUGUUAAUGAGUAUGUUAGUUACAAUCGACUGCUAGGAUUCUGUCUGUGCCAGACUGAUGACCUUGACGAGGUCUGUGAUUUAGAGUGCCGUUUAGCCCAGCAAAAUACUGUUUCGUUAGUUUGUGCUGCAGAUCCAAUUAAUGUACAUGUAUCUGUUCGUGAUGCCAGUGACAACAUUUUGAUUGAAAUUGAUGUUCAGUAUCUGACAAAGAUCAUCAACUCGAGGAACGCUCUAUCAGCAGAUCAGUGUACUAGCAGGGACAACUCCGAACAGGCAAUCAGUAUCUGUCAGAUGAGUGCCAGAGGAUUUCUGGGAGUGUAUAAUCCUGACCCUGACGAGGUGAUCGCUUUGCUCAGAGACAACAGCAAGGGCAACUAUACUGGAAAUCUCACAAUGAAUAGUAUUGGUUUUGGUCGCCGUCGACUACUGGCCUCUUCCACUGUAGCUGGGUCCCUGUUCUCUGGCAUUGAGAAUCCUGUUACCUGUCUAGCAAAUGGCGAGAUAAUGAUGUUCAGUGUAACGAACACCUACUACCCUCUCUACGACAAGAACAACUUAUUCAACACCAAUGGAGCAUUUGACUAUGGCGGGUUCCGCACGGCAGUGGAAGCAUUGGCCGUCACUGCAACAUCGGCCACGUUGUUUUCGUACCAAUUUAACGACCCAGGGGUCUACGUUUUCCAACUCAGCACUGAUUCAACGAAGAAAAUGUACGUUCGAGUAAUGCAGACAAGUGCCCAGUGCUCACAGACAGGUCCGUUCUUCCCACCCACUUCCGCCAGUAUUAUAGCCAAUGGUAUCGCCACAGCAUCCGACAUUCUUCAGGCCCCAGACUGGCAGAUCAUCUUCAUCAUCUUCGGAGUGGCACUUCUAGCUAUGGUCAUCAUGAUGAUUGCACUGUUGCUGUUCAGGAAGUAUGGAUGGUCCAAGGCUUCGUACUUAUUCCCCUUCUACCGGAAGGUCACCAAGAAAUACAACUUUGACGACUACGCAAGUAAAGGAUCAACGGUACAUCCUGUCCGUAAAUACCAUCGCAAUAUGGGGGCCAUCACCAUGGGCAACGGACCACCUGAUAAUGAUGCUUUGGCAGUUCUGGAUGCUACCAACAUUGACGUGAAGGAUGAUGAAUUCUGGGAUUAUGACAGACAAAUUGAUCUGGAGGCAUUUAACACUCGUACUCUAUACGACACUCUCUCCAAACAGUCUCGUGGCGUCACCACAACCAUCAGUAAACACAAAGACGAGAUGAAACAGAUGUAUGGUAGAAUGGCCAAUCAGAACGAGUCUCUUAAAGGACUUUGGGCUGCCAAGAUGAACUUGAAAGGAAAAGCAGCAUUGGCUACAGAUGAGGACCUGGCAUCGUAUGAUUCCAAAUUACAUAUGCUGGAGAUUGAACUUGAGAGACGCAAGGAUGUUGGUCAGAAGUUUGAAUUGAUCCUGCAAAGGCAGAAUCUGCUGAUGGAAGAGGAUGAAAAAGCCAGAGAAAAUCACCAGGUAAUGUUCCAAGCCAGUCUUCGUGAGAGUGUACGAACAAUGAAGGAAUAUGCUGUCCAGCUCCAACAGAGCUCAAUGAAUGAUGGUGAACUGAAUCGCGAAGCACAACGAAUCGUAAACACAAGAAUUGAAAUGCUCCUCCACAAGAUGUCUGAUGAGAACCGAGAGGAAUGUAAGAGAACAAGUGCAUGGGGCGUGCUUGGUCAGGGAACUGGAGGACAGCUACUGAAACCUGGCAAGAACUCUCCUAUGAAGAGAGAGGAACUGAUAGGGUCUGAUAUGAGCAUCAAAGCAGGGGAUCUAAUUGCCAUAGACAAAAAUACAGGAUUACUCCGACCAAAAUCCGGAACAAAGAUGGUCCUCGGUGACGGAAGCAUCAUUGAAGUGCCGACUGAUUAUUUCGUUCACCCACAGACAGGUCAUGUGCUGCCCAUACAAGGAAAUGUGGCCUUUGACCCUGUGACCUCUAGAUUGGUGUUUGUGGUAGAUGCAGCCACAGGUGAAGCAGCCAGAUCAGAGGACCCAUUCAUCCCCUAUGUACCCUAUCCGAUCAGCCGUAAAUCUGGCCAGGCGGUCGCCACAUCCCUCAAACCUAUGGAACAUAAAAGUGACUUGAAAUACGGGUCACCGAUGUUUGACCCCGUUACUGGACUACACGUGCCUAUCAUGGCUAUGACAAUACAUCCGCAGACUGGCGCUGUUCUACCAAUCGGUAGCACCCACAUUGACCCAGUCACUGGUAUGCCAAUCCCAAUGGAAGUCGGUUCUCUCAUGGUUGAUCCUAACUCCGGACAACCUGUACCCAUUCUGGCUGUUUCCUUGGACACCGAGUCUGGAGAGGUAGUCCCAGUCGGAGGCACCAAGCCAGGGGAUCGUGAUGGAUAUCCCAUCAUUCCUGGGGAUUCUUUUGUGGAAUCCCUCAGUGGCAAGUUGGUACGAAUUCAUGGAGGCUAUCUCAAGGACACAGCAGUGCUGCCAUCUGGUGGAGGUUACCAGGCACUGCUCGACUCUAGUGUGUUGGCAUGUGAGGCUCGAGCUAAUGAUGCAGUUAAACAAUACAAGGAUGCUCUGAUGGCGGCCAAUGGUCCCAACAUUAACCUGCGCCAUGAGGAGUCGAUGCUUGAGGCAGCCCUCAAAGAAUUAGAGAAGGCUCGAGGAAGGUCAAGGGCACAUCUUCUCCGCAGCCAGCACGACAUCCAGAGGCGUCUUGAUAGGGCCUCCAUUCUUGCCGCAACUGGUGGAUGUCCAGGAAUGUAUGAAUUUUCGAAGACUGGACAGUUACUUCCGAUCCUGGUUGGAACAACAAUGCAGGAUCCUGCAGGCACCGGACAGGAAGUGCCAAUUUUGGGGGCAGAGAAAGAGAAGAAGACACAUAACAUCGUCCCCGUUGGGGGCACCAUGGAGGAUCCCGAGGGAGGAGGUCUGGUGCCGAUUGCCAUCAGCAGGAAGGCUGUUGAUCCUGUGACAGGGGAGAUAAGUCCAGUCAUAGGAGUUCGUCUAAAUCCUGAAAACAGUUUAGCGAUCCCGAUCACACUAUCCACUGGCGGACCACGUAAACGCAAACCCCCACCUGGGGCUCUCGCAAUGCUGGAGGAAGAAUUGGUAGCUCGGCGCGGAUUCUGGCGCCGCCAGCGACAGAUGGAACGAGAGUUGACAACCAAAGAACAUCUGUUGGCACAGCAGCUGCUUUUCGACAUCGAUUCUGUCACAACAAAGACACUUGAACGAUUUUUGGAGGAAAUUGACAAUGGAACUCAUCACUUGUUAGAGGCAGAGAAGCGAGAGGUCCAGCGCAGAGGGGGCGCUGAACAGGAGUAUGCAACCAUCAUACCACCAGAGGUCAUUGCUGUGCUCCUCCAAGGAGACCCAAUGGAACACCAAAUGGAGGAAGCACAUGUUGCUGCACAUGUGAAAUUCUGUGACAUGUUACGGCGAUUUUUCGGAAAACUUCAGAAUGAAGAGAGGAAUUAUCGGGAUAGGAUAAAUGAGUUAGAAGGAGCGUUGAAUCCUGAUGCAGAAAAUACAGUGUUACAACGUUAUCGCCAGGCUAAAACACGUCUACAGGCUGAGCUCCAUGAUCAUCUGACCAAUAAGAUGGAGGGGCUAGAUGAAGCCCACUCGGCCCUCGAAUACGCUAGGGAGAGAUCAGAGCUUUGUGCAAUAGAGGCCAAGAUUGUUCUGACACACGCAGGACUACUGGCUGGAGAUUACGAUUGUCAGUUGUCUGGUGUCUAUGGUGACGUGUAUUCACAAGGUGGCAAUGACUCCGAACUCAUUCCAUUGCUCAAACAAUUGAUUGCCAUGCUGGAAUCAGGUGGACCGUUCUGUCUGUCACCAGAGCUUCUCAAUCUCAUUAAUAUGGGCACUGGAGGUGCUGGUGGUAUGACAAACAAUAUAACCAACAUGAAAAUAGAUGGAGGUCACAUGGCAGGAGGUUCUGGGGGAGACCACUCAAGGUCGGGAGAUCAAAGGUCACAAGGUCAGAAGUCUGGAGGUCAAGGACAAGGUGGAGUUCAGCAAAUAUCGCAUGUUAAAUCUGGAGGAGAUCACAAGACUAUCAUACAUGGUGACACAACAGUUUUCGGAACAAAGGGCAAAGGUCAAGAUGAUCAAUCCAUGCUUGAUAGGGCAAGGGCAGCUUUUGAGAAACAGGCGUACGAGGCAGCGAAGUUGGAGAAUGACUUGAAGAGAACUGAGACUGAUGGAAUCAAUGACACACUUGAAGAGUUCGAAAAAAAGAAGGAGAACUCGACCGAUAAAGCUAAGAGAGAACUUGAGAAGAUGCUACUGAAGGCUCGGUCGGAGGAGGAGAAAGAACGGCUGAUGAUGCAACAUGCUGAAGAUAUCCAGAAACUGAACGAAGCAUUCGAGAAACAGAAACUCAAACAGCUGAAAAACUUACGGAAGCGUCUUAUGGAAGAACGUCGUCAGAAGAAGAAAGACUUGCACAAGAAGCAUUUGAAUGAAGCAGAAGCGCAGGAUCUUCCAACAACUGCAGUUCCAAACAUUCAUAUGCCAUCUUAUGAGGAACUUAAGCAGGAGUUGCUACGGUUACAACAACUGCAGGAGCAGAUGUGGGCAGACAUGAGGAAAGGAGGAUUGGAGGCAGCGGACAACAUGCCGGCAGUGGAAAUAGACCCAGAGUUUGAGCGACAGAUCCGUUCUAUGGAUCUCUCAAAGGCACAGAAGGAGGAGUUGAUUAACUCUACACGGACACGGAACCAGGGCCUACACAAACAAAUCGAGGAUAUGAAGAAGAAGUUAAGAGACAGGAAGAACCGGAAGGCUGGCAUGAAGUUGCUGGAUGAUGAGGACUUGGAGGGAGUGAGUGAGGAGGAGAAGAGGAUGUUGCUGGAGGCAAGAGGCACGGAGGAGGAUGCUGACAGACUAAUGGAGGAUGAGGCCAUCUUAGAUUCCCUCGUUGCCAUGGAGAAGGAACAACAGAGAAGAAAUGAGGAGAAGGCUAUGGAGGAGAUGUUAAAGAAUGUGAAUGCUGAAGAUCGCGACCGCAUCGUGAUGGAGUUCAACGAGCACAUGAGGCAACUGAACAGUCGUCGUGACAACAACCGGGAAGAGGCCCAUGACAAGAUGAAAGCUAAAUUGGCAGCCAAGAAACGAAUGAGGGAGGAACUGGACAAAGAUAGAGCGGUCAACAAAGAACUUGACCAUAUCACGAAGUCACAUGCUGCUCAGGGCGACAUGGAAACAGCCAACGUGAUGAUGCAGAUCAACAACAAGGUUAACAGUGAUAAACUUACGAGUGAACAACAGAAACUCGUCGACCAGCAACUCCGAGAUCAGGAGGAGAUCGAGCGAAAACAGAAGGAAGAACUGAGGAAGGAGAAACAAUCUAUAGAAAAUGAGGCUGCACAGGAACAACACCAAAUAGAUCAACAGAUCAGACAGCAGAAACAACUGGCUAUGGCAGCACAUCAGGGCAAGUUUGACCGUGAUGUAGCAUUACAUCACAAAAACUUAAACGAGGCAGAGUACGAGAAAUUGUUGGCAGCUCAUAAGAAGGAAAUGGAAGCAUUAGGGGAGAACCUGGACAAGGAGAAAGACAGACAGAAGAACUCGCUGGCAGAACGAAUUGAGAAAAGGAAAAGACUUCGGGCUGAACAGCUGGCACAGAAACACAACAUUGAGAUGACCAAGGAGUUGUCACGGCAACAACAGGAUCGUGACAAGGUUAACGAUAAAAUUGCACGCAACGUGGAAAACUCGACUCUGGUGGAAAGUGUCAAGAACAAGAACAGUGAGGAAGCUGAGAACAUGAUCUACUCCGUGCUACGACAGCGCCAUCUGAAGGAGGCUAUCCAUCUGGAAGAUCAGCUCGCACGUGAGCUGGAAGCCAUGAGGAAAAAGGCAUGCAUUGAAAUUGAUGAGAAACGGCAGAAGGAGAGAGAUGCUUUAUUGGGAACAUUUGAACAGGAAAUGCGAGAGCUUAUUGCUAAUGCUGGUGACAUGUCUCCAGAGGAGUUAGCUAGGAGGAAGGAACAGCUUAAAAAACAGCAGGAGAAAACAUUAAAGGACUUUGACAACUUGACAACACAGCUGAUAACACAGGCCGAGAAGGAGACCACACCCCAACAGGAAGUACAACAAAUGUAUGCCCGACUAGAACUCAAAGAGAAGCAGCUACAGGAACUAGCCGACGCCAUGAAGCGGUACUCUCCCAGUGAAGAACUGUACAAACAGUACCAGGAGGAGGCACGUCUGGCCAUGGAGGAAGCCAAUCACUACAAGAACAGCAUCAUGAAAAAGAUGCAGGAGGAACUAGAGAGACGUAAGAUGGAGGAGAAACAGCGAGAAGAAGAGAGGAAACGUGCCCUGUUGGAAAAAUUGAGAAAAAUGGAGCAGGAUCUGGAGAAGGAGGAGGAAUUAGAAGCUCAGCGAGCACGUGAACGCGAGGCAGAAAAGGAAAGACUGAGGAAACAACAACUAGAAGAACGUGAUCGAAGACAGAAAGAAGAUAUCAAUAAAUCUAAUGUAAGUGAAGAUGAGAAAACACGUCUAAUGAGGGAGCAUGAAGAAAACAUGAGAAGACUGAAAGAAACGAUGCAGAAGGACCACUCAAAGAGCAAAGAAACUCUGAAGUCACGCCUUGAAGCCAGAAAGCAGCGUCGUCUUGCUGCAGAACGGGCCAAGCUUGAGAAACAAAGUUUAAUGGACAGUAACCAGGACCAAAAGGCGGACCUUAUCAGUCGGCAACAGGAGGGCAUGCUGCAGAGUAGCCUACCUAAAACCGCUGACAAAGACCAGUUUGGAUUGGCCAUUGUACCGACUCCAGCAUCCACCGGAACAUCGGGAGGAUUUACAUCUACAGGCAACACAGAGCAGGACUGGGUGAACAUGUUGAUGAUGUCGCCGUUGUUCAAACAGAUCAAUGACCUGGCAGACAUGCUGGAUAACAGUGACGGUGGAUCAGGCUCGCUCAACAGAGUUCUUGGUGCUGACUACUCCCAGUCAUAUCUGGAUGUUAAGGAUGCCCAGUGGGAGUCUAAAGGCGACCUUGCCCCUGUCAACAUCAAUAAUAUCACUCCUAGUCAGUUUGUUGUGUACCGCUUUGGUGUGUUCAUAAUUCGCAUGCUUCAUCAGACCAUCGGGACUCCGGAGGUCAGUCUGCUUUUGGCCUCAAAUCUUCCAAAGAACAAUUACGACCGCAAUGCCUUUAGAAAUUCGGUGCAUUUCGAACAUGCUCGCAAGAUCUUGUUUGUACGGCGUGAGAGGAUGGACUCCAUUGGUGAAUUUGUUGUUGUGAUUUUGCACUCUUUGGCUCAUAUCAAAUCUGGAGACAUGACAGAUGACAGCAAUACGCUGUUCAUGAGAGAAUUCUACAAGGGAUUACGAGUUGUCUGCCAAGACAUGUUCUUCUCCAGGGCCAGAAACACACAAGCAACGCAAGGUUUGAUUGGCUCACCAUCCACCAAUAGCAGAGUGGCUCUUGAACAGGCUUUGGGAAGUGUCAAAAACCAGGAUGAGAGGAUACUUAUGAUUAAUGAGUUGGUUGAUAUGAAGAUUGACGGACCAACCAGACUGGACUUCUCAGACCAGCAAAUGUCACAGAGAUUAUAUGGCUCUGAAACUCUUGCCAGCAAUGCACGGUUACGGCAGUACCUCUCAUCAAAGGGCGGCGUCUUGGCAUCCAGCGACUUUGUCAGCUCUCGUAUGUCGGAGCUUAAAGGCAUUACAAGUCCGACUCCAUCUCCAAGACCAAGUCCAUUGAGACGUCAGCGGAAUAUGCCCCCGAUGAAGUCACCAAGGGACGUCCUUGACACACAGCUAGUCGACAUGGAGACACGGAAUGACACAAUGAAUAAAGAUUUAGCAGAGGCUAUGAAAUCUGAAGCUGAUUUGAGACUGGGAAUUAAAGAAUUGGAACAGAAUCCGUCAGCAGGGGAGCGGUUGAGUCAAGCCCGUGAUCAACUGGUGACUGUACUUGCCAAGAAAAAUGAUUUGCUGAAGCGGAUUUCUUGUCUUGAGGCCGACAUUGCAAAGAAAGAAAAAGAACUCAAAUCCAAGAGGAGAUAAUUCUGUUUUUAGACUAAAGACUUUGCCGCAAAAAUGUGAAUAAAAACUUCGGAGCAAAACUAUGGAUAAAGACUUCGGAGCAAAUAUGUUGAUAUCUGUUUAGGGUGUUUCAGUGGUGAUAAACCUACUUUGAAUUAAAGGUGACACAAAACGUAUUGGGACAAAUAUAUAUAUAUAAACGUUAUAUGGUUUUCUCUGUCGAAAAAUUCUGUUUUAAAGAAUUCUUUUCCAUCGAAUGGUACGUUACAGGACAGGUGUGAAAACUACAGUUUUUGGACUAUGUUUGUAAACUGGACAUCAGUACAUGUAUAGUUAUGUAUAAUUUAGACAAAAGUUAAAACAUGUGGAACAAUUUAAUUACUAUAUCAAAUACAAACAGAAACUAUUUUCUAUUGGAAAAAAUUACAUACUGUAUAAUAAAUUGUAUUUCUUUUGAAAUAUACCGCAUUAGAAAUUGUCUCCAAAAAAUUGAGCCGUCCCAAAGCAGAAGAACUGUGAUAUACUUAUACAUGUAUAUAUUUUGUGUAUUUUUAGCUAGAAUAUCUUUUACUAAAUAUUUAUGAUGUAUUUAUACAAAAAUGUCUGUACUUUAUCUUCUAUACUUAAUAAUGAAUCUGAGUUAUACUAAUUGGUGAUUUUGGAACUAAAAAUGCAACCUAUUCCAGUUUUCAGAUAAGUCAGGUUGAAGGAAAGAAUUGAAGAGCUAAAUGUGUCAUUCCUUUGUAAAGUAAAAAUGUAUGAACAAAUUUGGCGAUUGUUUCAUUAAUAAGAUUUAUUGUUUUGAUAUUUAAAUUAAUUAAUACCAAAACUUGCUGCAGAUAAAUUGAAGAAUGAAAUCAGAAUAUUUUUUUUGUUUUGAAAGAAUUAUCAAAUUAAAUUUAAUCUAAUUGAUAAAAUAGAAAUACGUUCCAUUACUUCCACUAGAGUUUAAAGUCUGUUUUAUAAUCAAACUUAGCUGUAUCUCAUUUUUCAAUAAUUGGAGUUUAACAUUUAAAAAUUCUCAAAGACAAAACAUUUAAAAGCUCUAAAAAGAUAAAACAUUUAAAAGUUCAUGAAUGAUGAAAUUAUUCAUUUUAGGGUGAUUUAAGUUUAUUUUUAGCAGUAUAUUUCUAUUUUCAUAAAAUCUGCGUAUUUGUUAGUUUGAAGACAAAAAAUGUUUGGGAAAGAGUUUUUAUAGAUUUGUUAAAAUAUGCAUAAGCGAAAUACCAUGAAUGUUUGGGAAAGAGUUUUUAUAGAUUUGUUUAAAAUUUUAUUAAAAUAUGCAUAAGCGAAAUACCAUACUAAUUAAUAUUUCAUAAUUUCUUGGUUCUUUUUCUGGUAAGUUAGCAACAGUUUUCAUUUGGCAACCGACAUACAUGAAGAUGUUUGUCGUCUACCUUGAUUGAGAUUUAUAGUUGUAAUCAAAAUAUUUUGGCCGGCCCAGAAUAGCAAUGUCUUAUAUUUCCGAAAGAAAUACUACAGUGUCAAAUGAAGAUUGUUGUAAACACCUCCCCUAUUAAUCGGUAGAUAGUAGUAUUAAUAUUAUAUUCAUUUCACAUUAGCUUUUGUGACGAAUAGCACAAUUUGGUGUUGAGAUAUGAAAAGUUGAUAUAAAUUUUUAAUUUGUUUUUUUCUAAUUAUUCAUGUUUACAUUCCAUAACAAAAUUAAUUAUAUAAUCAGAAAUAUGUUUUUUUUCCGUCCACAUGACUUUUGUUGUUCAUAUUUAUAUUUGAUUUUUGGGAGGGCUAUUUACAUUUUAUGCUAUAAAGUAUCUCUGCUUUAGUUUUUGGAAGUUUUACUGUAUAUAUUAAUAUGAUGAGUUUGAUUGCCAUGUUGUUUUUUACAUAAUAUAUAUUUGUGGCUGGUCCAUGUAUUAUGCAACAAUUUAAAGAACAAGAAAAUUAACAUUUCUAAUAAACAUUAAAACUUAAUGUCAAUAACUUAAAUAUCAAAAUUCAAAUACUUAAUGAAAUGACCCUCACUAUAAUGACUAAAGUGUGAGAAAGAAAUGAAACAAAAUUGAAAUAAUUGAUAAAAGGAUAUUAUUUCUGGUGUACCUUUGAAUUCAUGGUAAAAAAUUAAACUUUUGAUCAAAGGGGGAAGAAAGCAAUAAAAAAUCUGUUGCAUAAUGCAAUUGUUCAAAAUUUUCCUGUUAUUUUACGGUAGAAAUAUGGAGAAAUUUCUUGGAGCUAUUGAUAUAUACAAUUGUUUAUUUUUCUGCAUAAAAAAUUAUUACAUAAAAAAAAAAUCUAAAAAUAAUAAAAAAUUUAUAAAAAAUA